UUCGCGACUCCCCCUUUUCCCUUUACGGCCGCGCUGGAGUUUUACGACCGUCGGGGGGCCAUGGCCGGGGCAGAGCGGGACCGGCGAGGGGCGGCCGAGGAAGAGCAGGAGGAGGAGGAGGAGGAGGAAGAAGAGCAGGAGGAGGAGGAAGAAGAAGAGCAGGAGGAAGAAGAAGAGGAGGAAGAGCAGGAGGAGGAUGGAGUAAAGAAAGAGAGUCCCGAGGGCUCCCCCGCCGCGGCCGAGGCGCCCCCCGGGCCGCCCCCCAAGCCGGUGGUCCCGGGGGUCCUUUACUUGUCCUUCCUCCCCCCGGGCUUCGGGCCCCGCCAGGCGCGGGCACUGCUGCGGCCGCACGGGGAGCUGGGGAGGAUCUUCCUGCAGCCCAAGGGGGGGUCUGUCCGGCGGCGGCGGCAGCGGCCGGGGGGCCACACGGGGGGCUCCUUUGCCGAGGGUUGGGUGGAGUUUCGGGACAAACGCGCGGCCAAACGAGCGGCCAAACUCCUGCACGGGACCCCCAUGAGCUGCCGGCCCCGCAGCCCCUUCCGAGAGCACCGCUGGAGCCUCAAGUACCUGCCCGGGUUCCGCUGGCCCCACCUGAGCGAGCGGCUGAGUUACGAGCGCCAGGUGCGUGCCCAGCGGCUCCGGGCUGAGGUUGCCCAGGCCAAGCGGGAGGGGGGGUUUUACACCCGCCGGGCCCCCCCUCGGGACCCCUCCGGAGACUCCAAAGAUUCCAAAGGCCCUGCCAACCCCCCCCGGCCCUGGGGCUUCACCCAGAGAGCCACCGAGGAGGAGAUCUGGGGGCGCAAAGCUCGGCCCCCCCCGGCCGCGCCCCCCCGGCGGCUGCUGGAAAAGGUUUUUGGGGGAGGGGGGGGCUGAGCUCCUCUCGGCCCCUCCCCCCCGUCCCGUCCAGGCUCACCCCAAAGCUCCGUUCGUUCUCCUUAAAACUUUUAUUACUUUUAACAAAAAUAA